UUCAAGAAUCUAAUUCAAACCAACAAACAAGAUCAACAAAACACAAGCCGAGUUUUAUUUUCAAAUCUUUAAGAUCAUUCACUUUCUCCUCCCCAAAAUAACAUAAUGGCAUCUUCCAUGAAAUUUCUAUGCGUUCUUGGCAUGAUCCUCCUCGUAGGAGCCGUCGUCGACGGGGCAGGUGAGUGCGGUAAAUCUUCGCCGGACAAUGAGGCGAUGAAGCUGGCUCCAUGUGCAGGGGCGGCUCAAGACGCUAACGCCGCCGUGCCAGGAGGUUGCUGUGCUCAGAUUAGAAGAUUUUCUCAGAAUCCUAAAUGUCUCUGUGCCGUUCUUCUCUCCGACACGGCCAAAGCCUCCGGCGUCCAGCCGGAAGUUGCCCUUACCAUCCCUAAACGCUGCAAUUUCGUUAACCGCCCCGUCGGUUACAAAUGCGGACCAUACACACUUCCAUGAAGUGUGAACGACUUAAGGAAGGAAGGAGAUUGAGGAAGCUUAGAGAUUUACUACUCCUGCACCCAGGAAGCCUUACAAUUCCCUGUAUCGUAUAUUAUAUAUGAAUAAUAAUGAUAAUGUUUAUAUGUGUCACAGUGUCAGUGUGAUUGUAAUUGGAACUUGUUAUCAAUAAUAUAUGAAAUGAUUUCAC